AUGACAACUGAAUCGAACACUGAGGAACAAUCUGGUGCUGUUGAACGUAAAAUAAACCCAAAACGUUCUAGAAGUAAAAAGACAAAAGCUGAGAAAAAUGAACAAUCUAGUAAUCUUCCUACCUCAAAAAGCUUUUUAUCUAGUGCUAAAGACCUUAGAUUGGAUGAAAUCUUGUACACCAUUGAUGCAAAACCUCAGAAACUUUCUUCCGGCUAUGGAUGGACAGCAUCUCUUCCAAAUAGCAGAAUCAAAGUUGAAAUUAAUGGCGAGGAGGUUGAAUUGCCUGUAACAAUUAAUUUCAACGUUUCAGUUCAAGGCUCUAAGAAAUAA